AUGGCGGAGAUGGUGGCUCGCCCCACGGAGUAUAUGUAUCAAGAUCCUCCCACCGUUUUGGUGUGCCUCUGGUGCUCUGGGAUCUUCUGUGCCACGGUCACCAUCGCCAUCACCGUCUACAACAUCCGAAGCCACUAUCACUCUGCACGUGAGCAGGGCUUAGGGCAUCACGAGAUGUUGCCGUCCUUCGGCGCGCGGGCCGACCGCAUCAUGCAGCUCCUGCUGGUGCCCUUGGUGGGCGCUUCCACUGCAGCGCUGCAGAUGUUCCUGCCCGGUGGUGCUCCGAUUCUCUCCUUCUUGCGUGUCUACCAGUUCACACGUGCCAUGCAGGACCUGGUAGAGUUUUUGUUUCUGCUGAACGGCAGCCAGCAGCACAUCUUGGAUAGCUUGCCCAAGGAGAAGAUCACCCUCUUUUCCAAGUUCCCUUUGUGUUGUGUUUUUGGCUGGUCUUGCUGUGCGCACCGGCCGCGCUUGGGACACUUGCGGUUCUUCGUCGCCGGUAUCAGGCAGUUCAACUGGCUGAUGCCAUUGCUGGGCGUCAUCAGCGUCUACAUGGAAUCUCAGAAUUACCCUUACGAUGAUCCGAUCGAGACGGUCUGUCGGACCUUGACCACGGUGAGCACCUUCUUCGCCAUGUGGGCCUUCAAAUGUUUGUUGCCCUUGAUGACCUACUCCAUCACUGCCACCACGGUGGACCCCGACCGCAUCGCUCAUAUGGAGAGGCGGGGCGAGACGAUGCGAGAUGGAAACAUCCAUCGAUGGAAGUGGCGGGAGGAAGUGAUGGCAACGUCUGCCUAA